GGUUCAGGCCUCCAGUUUCUCAGGGGAUGGAAGGUCGUGUGUUUGGAAUGAUAUUUGAGUAAUUUCGGAAAUAAUGAUUUCUGCUCCCUUCCUGACUUCAGGUGGCUUAAUCUUGGCUGCUGAUUACUCGCAGCUUGAGCUGAGGAUCCUUGCUCAUUUGUCUUGUGACUGUCGACUCAUUCAAGCCUUGAACGGGGGUACUGAUGUCUUUAAGAGCAUUGCAGCAGAAUGGAAAAUGAUUGAUCCUGAAGCUGUUGGAGAUAGGACCAGGCAGCAAGCUAAACAGAUUUGCUACGGAAUCAUCUAUGGAAUAGGAGCAAAAUCUUUAGGCGAGCAGAUGGGGAUUGAUGAAAUCGAAGCUGCCAAUUACAUUGACUCCUUCAAAUCAAGAUACACAGGGAUUCAGAAAUUCUUGAAAGAGACAGUGAGGAGCUGCAGAAGAGAUGGGUUUGUGCAGACCAUCCUGGGAAGACGGAGAUACCUGCCAGCUAUCAAAGAUCCAAACCCCUACAGUAAAGCUCAUGCCGAGCGACAGGCUGUGAACACAACUGUUCAGGGAUCUGCUGCAGACAUUGUCAAAACGGCCACUGUCAACAUUCAGAGACGCCUGGAAGCUUCCUGCUCUGUGCUCAAGUCCCACGGACACCUGGAGAGCUCCUUCCAGAGAGGUAAGACCGGACAGCUGGCGAGGCAGAGAAGCAGAGGGAUGUUACACCCCAUCAGCGGGGGUUUCUUCAUCCUCCAGCUGCACGAUGAGCUCCUCUACGAAGUUGCAGAGGACGAUGUCAUCCAGGUCGCUCAGAUUGUCAAGCAUGAGAUGGAAAACGCCAUUGAACUCUCAGUAAAACUGAAUGUCAGAGUGAAAAUUGGACCUAGCUGGGGAGCCCUGCAGGACCUGGAACUCUGA